UCAGGGCACUGGCUCCAGGAGAUGGCUUUCCUUCUCUGUGAGCUCUGGAGGAAUGUUAUUCUCAUUGAUCUUCUGUUGGUCUAGGACCUUCUCCAUACAGGAACCCCAGGUCCAAAGGACGUGCUCUGCUCCUGGCCCUGCUUUCUUGGUGGUAUGAGAUCCUCAAUUCUCUGUUUGCUUCCAUUUCCUUUUAUCUCUUGUAAGAUAAAAGGUGGUGCAGGCCACACCGGAGGGAAACUCCCUUUACAUUGGAUCAGCAAUGCAACCUGGGUGACAGUGUCACAUCCCACCCUAAUCCUCUUUAACAUAAUCUAACCUUGUCUCAUUAACCACAGACAGGGAUUAGGAUUUAUAACACAUAGGAAAAUUAUGUCUAUCACAAAAUGGAGGACAACUACACAAUACUGGGAACCACGGCCUAACCAAGUUGACACAUAUAUAUGGGGGACACAAUUCAAUCCAUGACAAUGCGCAUCAACAGAAGAAUAGAUAAACAAAUUAUGGUACAUACACACAAUGGAAUACUACACAACGAUAAAGAACAAUGAUGAAUCCUCAAAACAUCUCACAAUAUGAAUGAAUCUGGAAGGCAUUAUGUUGGGUGAAAGUAGGCAGUCACAAAAGAACAAAUAUUAUGUGAGAUCUCUAUUAUAAGAACUCAAGAAAAGGUUGAAACACAGAAGAAAACAUUCUUUGAUGGUUACUAGGGUGGGGAGAGAGAGGGGAAUUCACUAACUAGAUAGUAGACAAGAAUCAUCUAACGUGAAGGGAAGGACAACACACAAUACAGGGCAAGUCAACACAACUGGACUAAAGCAAAAACUAAGAAGUUUCCUGAAUACAACCAAACACUUUGAGGGACAGAGUAGCCAAAAUGAGACACCAUCUCACCCCAGCAUUACUGGCACAAAUCAAAAAAACAGGAAAUAACAAAUGUUGUAGAGGUUGCAGGGAGAUUGGAACUCUUAUGCAUUGCUACUGGGAAUGCAAAAUGAUAAAAACCAUUUUGGAAAAUGAUAUGGCACUUCCUUAGAGAGCUAAAAAUAGAAAUAAAAUAUGAUCCAGCAAUCUCACUCCUAGGAAUACAUCCUAGAGAAAUAAGAGUCGACACACAAAUAGACAUAUGUACACCCAUGCUCAGUGCAGCAUUGUUCACAAUAGCAAAAAGGUGGCAACAACCUAGAUGCCCAUCAACAGAUGAAUGGAUAAACAAACUAUGGUACAUUCACACAAUGGAGUAUUAUAUAAUGAUAAAGAAUGAUGAUGAGUCUGUGAAACAUCUCAUAACAUGGGUGAAUCUGGAGGGUAUUACGCUGAAAGAAAUAAGUCAGUCACAAAAAGGCAAAUAAUUGAGACCACUAUUGUAAAAACCCAUGAAAAGGUUUACACACAUAAAGAAAUGAUCUUCGAUGGUUACAAGGGAGAGAAGGGAUGCAGAUGGAAAAACACUAAAUAGACAAUAGAUAAGUGGUAACUUUGGUGAAGGGCAAGACAGUACACAAUACUGGGGAAGUCAGCACAACUUGUACAAGGCAAGGUCAUGGAAGCUCCCUAGACACAUCCAAACUCCCUGAGAGACCAAAUUGCUGGGCUAAGGGCUGUGGGAACCACGGUCUCCAGGAACAUCUACCUCAGUUGGCAUAACAUAGUUUAUAAAGACAAUGUUCUACAUUCCACUUUGGUGAGUAGCAUCUGGGGUCUUAAAACCUUCUGAGUGGUCGUCUAAGAUAAUCCACUGGUCUCAGCCCUUUGGGAACAAGAGAGAACGAAGAAAACUAAAGACACAGGGGAAAGGACUAAUGGACCACAUCUACCACAACCUCCACCAGACUGAGUCCAGUACAACUAGAUGGUGCCCGGCUACCACCACCGACUGCUCUGACAGGGAUCACAAUAGAGGGUCCCAGACAGAGCUGGAGAAAAAUGUAGAACAAAAUUCUAACUCAAAAAGAAAGACCAGACUCGCUGGCCUGAGAGAGACUGGAGAAACCCUGAGAGUAUGGCCCUGGAUACCCUUUCAGCUCAGUAAUGAAGCCACCCCUGAGGUUCACCGUUCAGCCAAAGAUCAGAUAGGCCCAUAAAGCAAGAAGAGACUAAAGGGCACACCAGCCCUGGGGCAAUGACUAGAAGGCAGGAGGGAACAAGAAAACUGGUAAUAAGGAACCCAAGAUUUAGAAGGGAGAGUGUUGACAUGCCAUGGGGUUUUCAACCAAUGUCAUAAACCAGUAUGUGUUACUAACUGUUUAAUGAGAAACUAGUUUGUUCUGUAAACCUUCAUCUAAAGUACAAAAAAAAAGAAAAAUGUUCUGCAUCCCACUUUGGCGAGUAGCAUCUAGGGGUCUUAAAAGCUUGCAAGAUGCCAUCUAAGGUGCAUCAAUUUAUCCCAACCCACUUGGAGCAAAGGAGAAUGAAGAACACAAAAGACACAAGGAAAAUAUUAGCUCAACAGACAAAAGGGCCACGUAAACCAGAGAUCCAUUAGCCUGAGACCAGAAGAACUAGAUGGUGCCGGGCUACCACCAAUGACCACCCUGACAGAAUGUAACAGACAAUCCCUAAUGGAGCAGGACAAAAGUGUGGAGCAGAACUCAAAUUCACAUAAAAGGCCAUAUUUAAUGGUCUGAGUGAGAUUGGAGGAGCCCCAGAAAACAUCGUCCCCAGGCUCUCAGUUAACCCAAAACUAAAACCAUUCCCAGAGCCCACUCUUCAGACAAAAAUUAGAAUGGACUAUAAAACUUAAAAUAAUACUCAUGAAGAGUGUGCUUCUUAGUUCAGGCAGAUACACCAGACCAAAUGGGUGGCUCGUGUCCAGAGGCAGAAUGAGAAGGCAGGAAGGGACCAGAACAGAUUGGAUGGACAUGGGAAACCCGAGGUGGAAAGGGGGACUGUGCUGUUACAUUGUAGGGGUUGCAACUAGUGUCACAUAACAAUAGGUGUAUAAAUUUUUGUGUGAGAAAUUAACUUGAGUUGUAAACUUUCACCUAAAGCACAGCAAAAAAUGAAGUAAAAAAAAGUGCUUGAAGUUUAUAACCACUGGUCUAAGUUAAAAGUUGAGGCUCUGGAGCCAAACUGCCUGGGCUUGAAUUUUCCCUGUACCUCUUACCAGCUGUGACACUGUCAGCAAAUUACUUAACUUCCCUAGGCAUUAUUUUCCUCAUCUGUUCAAUGUAAUUCCUCCCCACCCCCAUCCCCACAGCUGAUUUUUCAGAAGCAGAUCACCAGGUCUUUCUUCUGAAGUGCCUCUGGGUGGACUUGCACCUCCAACCUUUUGGUUAGCAGCUGAGCAUCCUAACCAUUUGCACCACCCCCCAUGGCAUAUAGUAAGUGCUUGAUAAAUUUAAACUAUUACUAUUUUGAUAUUUAUAGCUACUUACUACUUGCAAAGUCAUUUCAUAUACAUGCUCCCUCAUUGGAUCCUUAGAACCACCUUGUGUGAGGGUGUGAGCUUUGGGGUUGUGGUGCGAGAAGGUCUGUUUUGGGUAAAGCAGGGUUUAUUUUUAUCUCUAUUUUCCAGAUGACAGAACGGUAGCACAGAGAAAGUAAACAGGGCCGCCUGAAGUCACACCACAUUUAAGUGAAGACUUCUCCCUCCUGGUCUAUGAUCUUUCCAAUAUCAUCACAAAGGCAACUAAUUGUUUUAUAUAACCUAAAACAAAAUCUCAAGAUCAAGAGGUUUUCGGGGUAAUGGACACACAUGUAAUAUGAUCAGCUAACUGAAAUAUUGAUGCUGACUUUUGCUGAAUAACUCUACCAGAGAUGAAGUCUCUGUGGAUAAACAAAUCAAACGGCUAAAUUUACAUACUUGGCUCAUGCUUUAUUUAAAUGUAUUUAAUAGCAUCUCUCUGUUUCUUUCUUUCAUGGGAAACUAACAAACAAGCAAAUACAAACACACACCAAAAAACAGCUUGUAGAACAAUACCAAGAGAACAUUAGCUGAUACAACACUUUUAGAAUUAUUUCUAGAGGUGAAAUUUCAUUGCGAAACAUGGUGUAGAACUGCUCCUCAGAUAAACAGGCCCAAAGAGCAAAUCCUCUAGUAUUCUCUUGCAAUGGCAUCACCCCAAAAAGUCAAGGUAUAGCUGACUCAUUAGAACACAUGUACAAAAGCCUGCCAGACCCGUUGACAACUGGGACACAACACUCUGUGCAAAGAGUGUCUUUCCUGGAGGACAGGAGGAGGACUGAGCCAGAGGAAGAGAGUAGAGAGCAAACGCCAUGAACAUUGUCUUGGAUCUCCUCCUGCUUCUGGCUACCAUCGUCUACUCCUACUUGGAGUCGUUGGUAAAGUUCUUCAUUCCCCGGAGGAGAAAGUCUGCGAUGGGGGAGAUCGUUCUUAUUACUGGAGCCAGGCAUGGGAUAGGCAGGCUGACUGCCUAUGAAUUUGCAAAACAGAAAAGCAGACUGGUGCUGUGGGAUAUUAAGAAGCAUGGUGUUGAGGAAACUGCUUCAGAGUGCCAAAAACUAGGGGCCACGGUGCAUGCGUUUGUGGUAGGCUAAAGUAACAGAGAAGAAAUUUACAGCUCGAUAAACCAGAUAAAGAAAGAAGUGGGUGAUGUGACCACCAUGGUGAAUAACACUGGGACAGUAUAUCCAGCCGAUCUUCUCAGUACCAAGGAUGAGGAGAUUACCAAAACAUUUGAAGUCAACGUCCUAGGACAUUUUUCGAUCAUAAAAGCCCUUCUUUCAUCAAUGAUGAACAGAAAUCAUGGUCACAUCGUCACAGUGGUUUCAGUGUGCAGCCAUGGACUGAUUCCAUAUCUCAUCCCAUAUUGCUCCAGCAAAUUCGCUGCUGCUGGCUUUUACAGAGCUCUGACAACAGAACUUAAAACCUUGGGAAAAACUGGUGUCAAAACUUCGUGUCUCUGCCCAGUUUUUGUGAAUACCGGGUUCACCAAAAACCCAAGCACAAGACUGUGGCCUGUAUUAGAGACAGAUGAAGUUGCAAGAACUCUGAUAGAUGGAAUACUUACCAAUAAGGAAAUAAUUUCUGAUCCAUGGUAAAUCAAUCUCUGUCUAACACUAGAGAGAUUUCUUCAUGAACGUGCCGUGGCAGCAAUAAAUUGUAUCCAGAAUAUUCAGUUUGAAGCAGUGGUUGACUACAAAACCAAAAUGAAAUGAAUAAAUGAGCCCCAGCCAGAGAUGUAUGCACCCUAAUGAUGUGGGUCUCAGUUUAGAGUUAAUGCUUCAAAGCUUUAUUUUGCAUUUUUCAAGCUGUUAGUAUUAAAAAUACUGGUUUGGAAUUAGUAGCAGU